GAUACUAGGUCAGGCUUUGUUUGUGGAUGAGCUCCAUCACCUCCACCCAGAAAUGUGGACGGAUAUAAGGAAACUACUGAUCUUUCAUUUGUUAGCCCUGAAACUUCAUUCCUCGAAAGGUGCAGGUGCAGAGGCAGAAGAGUGUGAGGAUGGUCAGUUUCAGUGCAAUAACAAAAGGUGUAUACCGACCAUAUGGAGGUGCGACGAUGAUGACGACUGCUCAGACAACAGCGACGAGGAAAACUGUGCCAGGAAGACGUGUGCCCCGGCAGAGUUUGCCUGUGCAAACGGUCAGUGUGUACCAGGCCGCUGGCGCUGUGACGGGGAACCAGAGUGUCCCGACGGCUCAGAUGAGGCAGACGCCACCUGUAGCAAACAGACGUGCCCUCCGGAGAAGUUUGACUGCGGCGGCUCUACCAACAAGUGUGUCUCAGUGUCGUGGCGAUGCGACGGCGAGCGGGACUGUGAGAACGGGUCAGACGAGGAGGACUGUGCCGCCGAUGCCAAGUCCUGCCCGAAAAGCGAAUUCCAGUGCGCCAACCGCAAGUGCCUGGCACCUGUCUACGUGUGCGACGGCGAUGACGACUGCGACGACGGCUCCGACGAACUAAAAUGCUCCUCCCGCCACUCGCCAACGACGACCUGUGGUCCGCACGAGUUCCGCUGCAACACCUCAGAGUGCGUGCCUGUCAUGUGGAGCUGUGACGGCGACCCAGACUGCCCAGACGGCUCUGACGAGUGGCCGGAGCGUUGUGGGAGUGAAGGGUCGCAAUCGCGACGCAGGAUGAACUGUACGGUGGAGGAGUUUCGGUGCGCCAACGGGGAGUGUGUGAGGCUGGCGUGGAAAUGUGACGGGGAUCCGGACUGCAAGGAUAAAUCAGAUGAGGCGGAUUGUCCUCUGCUGACGUGCCGCCCAGAUGAAUUCCAGUGUGGGGAUGGCUCCUGUAUCCACGGCACCAAGCAGUGUAACAAGGUCCACGACUGUCCUGACCAGAGUGACGAGUCAGGCUGUGUCAACGCCACUAAGUGUGAGGGGCCCCUGAAGUUCCUGUGUAAGAACGGAGAGUGUAUCGACAGAGCUAAGGUGUGUGACAACGUCAAGGACUGCAAGGACCGAUCCGAUGAGCCCAAGAAGGAGUGUGGACUCAACGAGUGCUCGCUCAACAAUGGCGGCUGCUCUCACAUCUGCCUGGAUCGACCAAUCGGCUACGAGUGCCAUUGUCCCACCGGGUACCAGCUACUGGACAAGAGGACAUGUGGAGACAUUGAUGAGUGCGAGAGCCCCAACGCCUGCAGCCAGAUCUGCAUCAACUACAAGGGAGACUUCAAGUGUGAAUGCUACCAAGGCUAUGAGAUGGACCCCGUCACCAAGACCUGCAAGGCAGAGGGGAAGUCCCCCUACCUGAUGUUUACCAACCGCCAUGAGAUCCGUCGGGUGGACCCAGUGAAGAAGGAUUACAGCCAGGUGCUGGCAACCCAGAAAAACGCUGUGGCGCUUGACAUAGACGUGGCCAAUAACCGCCUGUUCUGGUGCGACCGCUUCCACCGUAACAUCUACAGUGCUCUGAUCCCGGAGGCUAGUGUCCCGUCCCAGCAGGUGACCCUGGUGGACUCUGGCUCUCUCCUCUCCCCCGAGGGCCUGGCCCUAGACUGGGUCCAGCACAACCUCUACUGGACCGACUCGGGCCACAAGACCGUCUCGGUGGCCUCAGCCUACGACGGCCUCAAGAGGAAGGUGCUGGUGGACACGGAACUCAGCGAGCCCAGAGCCAUAGCCCUGGACCCCCAGCACGGGUUCAUGUACUGGUCUGACUGGGGCACUCGGGCCAAGAUUGAGAAGGCUGGGAUGAAUGGGGUGGACCGACAGGUCUUGGUGUCAGAUAACAUCGAGUGGCCCAACGGCAUCACCCUAGAUGUAGCCAACAGACGUCUGUACUGGGUGGUCAAGCUGCACCUCAUCUCCAGCGUGGACCUGAACGGGGCUCACCGCCGGACACACCUGUCCUCUUCAGAGAGACUGGGACACCCCUACGCACUGGCCGUGUUUGAGGACCGUAUCUACUGGACAGACAGGGAGAGGGAGGCGGUGUACAGCGCUAACAGGCUAACCGGCCGAGAUGUCAGCACACUGGCCGAGCACCUCAACGACCCCCACGACAUAGUGGUCUUCCACCCACUCCGACAGCCCCAAGGCCCAGACAGCUGUAACUUGGGCAGUGAGGCCAACGGUGGCUGUGAGUACCUGUGUCUCAAAGCCCCCCAGAUCACAGAGCACUCUCCCAAGUACACCUGCGCCUGCCCCACAGGACAGGACCUGGGGCCCGACAUGCGUGGCUGUGUGCCAGUAAAUGAGACUAUUACCACACUGUCGCCAUUCCCCACCGGCUCGGUAGCCAUCAUCACGACAAGUAUCGAGGAGGACAAAGAGGACUCCCAUUCCACUUCUGGGUUGUCCCAGGCAGAUGCCGGGGUCCGCCACCUCACCCCCGCCCCCUCCAGCACCCCAGAACUCCUCCUCAUCGCCAAACCUGGGGCAGAGGUGAAGGAGAAAGAUGGCCGGCGUUUGGAUCACACCACCUCCACCACAGUAGGGUCUGGGGACACUAAUGUCAUCAAGGAGGACAGCAACCUCUCUCACCACUCUGGAAGUGAGCAUUUUCUCCUGGGGGAGAACCUGACAGUGGCAGUUCUGGGAGUAGUCAUCCCUAUAGUUCCUAUUGUUGCCACAGUGGUCUUCGGUCUGCUCUGCACUGGCGUCUACCUGGUUUGGCGGAACUAUCGUGUAAACUCUACCAAGAGUAUGAACUUUGACAACCCCGUUUACCGCAAGACCACAGGCGAGGGCGAAGAGGACGAGAUUCACAUCGGACGGACGGACAGUGGCAUGAGCGGCCAGCAUGGGCAUCACCCGUACCCAGUUGGAGUGGGGUGUGGCGUAGUCGGCGGGGGCGGAAAUACAUGCCCUCAGUUUAUCGCUCUACCACUGGGUGGCAGUAUGCCCGACCCGGGGACUCACUGGUACACGGAGCAGCCUAUGCUGUCCACUACGGCUAAGUGAGGUGGGCAAAGUGGGAGGAUGGAGACUAGACUAAAUGGCUGCUCAGGGGGUUAAUUUUCAAGAUGGCUGCUGCUCAGGCGCACACACAUGCACACACACACAGUACCAAGGUCAGGGGUCACUCACUGAGUCUGUUCAAGGGAUGGACAUAUGAUGUUCUCAUCACAUCCAGCCAUUCGGGACCAUGCUGUGCCAAUUCAUCACACAAAAUUGACAGUUUGACACUUUCUAAGGUUUAUUUAUGUUAUAUCAGAGUUGGGGUUGGUUCGGUUUGAAUUCCUGUCAAUUCAGUUCUUGAAUUCUCUAUGAAUCAAUUGAAUUUAGAUCACUGGACUUGAGUUGCAACUGAGUCGACACCAAUUCUGGAUGUUUUUCAUCUACUUUUGAUCAAUUUCAGCAGUAUUGAGCUGUGCUAUCUGUCUCACGUUUAAGGCCGAGAGGAGUUCCAAAAGAGUCAUUUUGCCCUUGACGUUAUAAAUCUAUGCUCUCCAUUUUAUAUCCCUGGUGGAUCCUCAUUCUCUGGCUUUUUAGGGGGAGGUUUAAAAUGAGGGCAGCACCUUAGUUGAUGGGACAAUCUGUAUAGUUUUAAGCUAUUAAUUCAACACGUUUUAUCGUUCACCUCACGAAUACUAAAGAUGUCAUGGUGUUUUGUUAUUCUGGUCAGGGCUUUUGUCUUGGAGUGGAGUGAAAGGUUUGAGAGAGGUUGUUGUGUGUGUAUGUGUGUGUGUUUGCAUGUAGGUGUGUGUACCUACUCUCUACAGUUCUUCUUUGACAUUAUCCUUAUUGAACCUAAAAGGCUACAAUAGGGCAAGCAGGGCAAAGGAUCGUUGAGAAAGUUUUGUGGCAGCUUUGGGAUCCAAAAGAAAGCGUAAGGCUUAGCGAGAGAAGCCUUUGUAGUAAUUAACGGUAGGCUGGAUUUUUAGGCCCAGUGAAGACGUCUAGCUAGUGGCUAACAGUAUCCGUGUUAAGGCUUUUGUGUGUGUCUACGACAUGUCUCUAGACAAUUAGGAUGCGGCAAGUAUUGCUGGUCAAAUCUACAUUUCAUUUAUACUCAGGCUGACUGUCUGUAGAUCAUCACUACGGUGAAAACGGUUCUACUUUGACCCUGCCACAGUGUCCAUUGUCACGAGUAGAUAGAGCCACUGGCGCUACAUAACCAUGACAAUAAAUUCCAAACGCCUGAUUGACAGCUAGCUAGCUUGCAUUAGCAUACAGAAUAUACAUACAUUUAAUAUUAUGGACGACUGUAUUUUUUGUAGAGCAUAUGUUAAGUUUAGUUAUAGUUUAGCACCCUUGUCUCUUUGCCGUUGGGAGUGAAGACUCCAAAGAUUCUCAACAACAAUAAAAUCCUGGUUAGCAAUUGGUAGCCAGCUUAAUUCAACCUGUAAUUAAACUGACUUUAGCUGAGCUGGCUAUCUUGUCAAUCUAAUUCCAGACUAGGUGUGAGUAUGAGAAAUCAAACAAACAAAAAUGAAUCUCUUCUCAGGAGAAAGGCAGCUUCCUCUUUGUUUUCUCAUUUAUACGAAGGAUAGAAUGUAAGUCACUAUCACGUGACAAUAUAAUGCUCAUGAUGUCAACUUUGUGUUUAUACAAACAAACCAAGUUUGUAAAUAUAAUUUAGAUGAUAUCACUGCAACAACAUGUCAAUAGAUGGACUAAAAACCAGCCUUUAGGUAUGAUAAUGAGAACAGAGUUGGCUAGAGCAGAAUUAGCUAGCUAGAAGGCUAAUGUUUAACUAGGCUAAAGCAGAACCAGAUAUGGCUAAUGGCUACCAGGCUAAUGCUUAGCUAACAGUUUGAGAAAAGCAAUUAGAGGGUUGUUGUACUGAGGUGAAUCAUUUAGGCUAUUAUUCUCCUCUUUUUAGCUGUUUUCCAUGGCCACAGGUGAAUUUGUCAUCUGUUAUUGUUGAUUUUAUUUCCCCUUUAUCUACUCUCUUUGUCAGUACAACACACACACACAGAGUCACUCACCCUUAAGAGAUCACACACAGGGGGUAUUCUAUUAGUAUCCCCAUUAGCUGUUGAGAUAGCAGCAGCUACUCUUCCUGGGGUCCACACAGAACAUGAAGCAUGACAUAAUACAGAACAUUAAUAGACAAGAACAGCUCAAGGGCAGAACUCCAUAAAUUGGACGGAACUACAGAAACAGCAUGCAUACUCACUCGCCCUUCACAAACACAAGCAUUACACUCACCCCAAAGACAGACAGACACACACACACACACACACACACACACACACACACACACACACACACACACACACACACACACACACACACACACACAUGACAUGCUAAACACAAACAUCCAUGCCCCUGUCUUCAUUCUUUGAGAAGAUGUCAAUGUGAGCUUUCAUAUAGGAGGCACUCAGUCAGUGGGAGGUCGACUGCUGACAAAAGGCCCCUGUCAGCUAUUUUGGUGGCCGACAUCACUGUGGCAGAUUUUUUUGGGUUGCUUCCUAAAUGGCACCCUAUUCCCUUUAUAGUACACUACUCUUUUUUCUUUUUUUUUUUAAUUACCAGGACCCAUAGGGCUCUGGUCAAAAGUAGUGCACUAUGUAGGGAAAAGGGUGUCAUUUGGGACACGUCCUUAAACAGUAAUGAGGUUCAGUCAGGUUGGAUUCUCCUGUCAGUAAACACAACUGUCUUUUGUCCACCUCUCCUUUUGUCCUGUCCCGCACAUUGGUGAUCCGCUCAGAAAAUAGACAUUUCUGAGUCCCCUCCAUUGUAGUAUUGUCGAUCACGGUGAUGGGAUGAAAUAGGAUUUGGUAAGAGCCAGAUUGAAUAGGUGUGUGUAGUGGGGGUGGAUACGUGUGUGUGCCUGUGUGUGUGUUUAUGCGUGUGUGUGAGUAUUUGUGUUCAUUUCACAGCCAUAUUGGAAACGUUUUGUACACUUUGUUGCCCAGCCCUCUCAGAAUGCCUUCUGUAUUGUGUGUGUUGCAUGAGAGAACGUGUGCGUACUCAUGCGUGUGUGUGUGUGUGCGCAUGUUUGUCAGAAUGAGUGCAUGUGAGUAUGUAUGUUCUUGGGACCGGGGUAGCUGCGAGGGUGUUUUUUGAAAUCAUGAUUUGUAAAUACAUUUUCAUAUUGCAAACCAGUUUUUGAUAAAGUAUUAUACAAUUCUGUAAAAGACAAAUAUGUACAUAAGAUUUUAGAUAAGAAUAAAGUGUUGAUGACAGUAUAUUAAUUUAUUUGUAUAAAAGAGCACUGCAUUCCCUGAUUGUACGAAAUAUGAAUUAUCCGCCCAAGUGUUUUGUGUUGUUACUUGGUCUUGCUUCAUUUGAUAACCUGUUCUCUUUCCAAAUGUGUACUUCUUUAUCAGUACAAGUAAUACAACGUGGUUCCUCAUCAAUAUCUUCCCGUAUCUCAUUGUUUCUCAAGCCCAGCGUUUUAUAAUAUGAACGAUUUGUUUUCUGGGGCCUUUUUCUCUCUCUCUGUUUUUUUGUUGUACUGCUGUUUCGCUGUGGGAGAUGGGUUCUUUUCAAACAACUUCUGUAACAUGCAAAUAAGAACAUCUGCACCCAGAAUUGACAAAAACGGUCUCGCUCACCUUUUUAUUAUUUCAUGAAGUUGUUCUUAAAUAUCUAUAUAUUGAUAUAUAAAACUUUAUUGCAAAUCUC